GAUUUCGUAAUAAAUUUCAGAAGUUACAUAUCAUCAGAAAAGACUUGGAAAGAUGGCGUAUUAAAAAGACGAUUGCGGGUAGAAUAACUAUUUGUCAGUCUUAAUUUGAGUAUAUUUCACCGCAGAGUCACCUAUAUUUGACAAUGGCGUACAAUUGUAUUCGCCUGAGACUGAGAGGGGCUGUAGAGAGAAUUCUUAGCAGGAGUUUGGGACAAAGCGUUCGGGUGAAUCAGAUUCAUCUACACAGCACCAAUGCAGACAUGUCUACCUCAUGGAAGCUAUCUAGCCUCAUCACCAGACUGAGGUUAGCUGCAAAGCCACCAAAGGGGUUCGAAAAGUUCUUUCCAGAAGGCAAACAAGGGGCUAAGAAACCCAAAGUUGCAAAAGAAACAUCGGAGUCUUCCAAAUCGGCACCCAAACGAAGCAGCGGCAAACAAGAAUCGGAGAACAACAAGAACUUUGGGGAAGAUCUUUGGAAGAGCCUCAUGGCCCAAGGGAAGACGGGCGGAGCAGGAGGGGGCCCUGGAGGCAGACCGCCCAUCGACGAGAAGAACAGACAGCAGCUGAUGUUCAGUAUAGCCGUCACCAUAGGGGGCGCUAUAGCAGCGGGCUACGUCCUGAUGGGAGGUUCGGCAGUGGAGAUCACGUACAAGGAGUUCCUGAAUGAAUACUUGGCAGCACGACAGGUUGAAAGAGUAGAAGUUGUCAACAAGAAAUUUGUCAGAGUGUGGCUCAAGACUGGUCACUCCAAAGGGAGGUAUGUGUGGUUCAACAUCGGCAGUGUGGACGCUUUCGAGAGGAACCUAGAGCAGGCUCAGGGCAACCUCGGUAUGGAACCUCAGAACUUCCUCUCUGUCGUCUAUAGUUCAGAGAGUGAUGGGUCAUUUUUGAUGAGUCUGAUCCCCACUGCCCUGAUGAUUGGUUUCUUCCUGUAUCUUUUCCGGAACAACCCCGCCACUGGAGGGCGGGCUGGUAGGGGCAAGGGCGGUAUCUUUGGGUUUGGAGAGUCAACAGCAAAGAUCCUCAAAGAAGACGUAGGAGUCAGGUUUAAGGAUGUUGCUGGAUGUGAGGAGGCUAAGGUGGAGAUUAUGGAGUUUGUAAACUUCCUAAAGAACCCUCAGAAAUAUGCAGAACUUGGAGCCAAGAUCCCAAAAGGUGCUAUCUUAUCUGGACCACCGGGAACAGGUAAAACCCUGUUGGCCAAGGCGACAGCAGGGGAAGCUAAUGUGCCUUUCAUCACAGUCAAUGGUUCUGAGUUCUUAGAGAUGUUUGUUGGUGUGGGUCCCUCAAGGGUGAGGGACAUGUUUGCAAUGGCAAGGAAAAACGCCCCGUGUAUUCUCUUUAUGGAUGAGAUUGAUGCAGUGGGACGGAAAAGAGGAAGGAGUAACUUUGGAGGACAAAGCGAACAGGAAAAUACGUUAAAUCAACUUCUAGUAGAAAUGGAUGGUUUCAAUACCACCACCAAUGUUGUUGUCUUGGCAGGAACAAACCGUCCAGAUAUCCUAGACCCCGCCCUAAUGAGACCUGGCCGUUUUGAUAGACAAAUCUACCUCGGUGCGCCAGAUAUCAAGGGAAGGGCAUCUAUUUUCAAGGUUCAUCUGAAGCCAUUGAAGACAGAAGUAAACAUGGAGGAGAUGUCAAGGAAACUAGCUGCACUCACUCCUGGUUUUACAGGAGCUGACAUAGCUAAUGUGUGCAAUGAAGCUGCAUUGAUCGCUGCUAGACAUGGUUUCAAUCAGAUUGAAGCAUCUCACUUUGAAGCUGCCAUUGAAAGAGUAGUAGCAGGUCUUGAAAAGAAGACGCAAGUAUUACAACCAGAAGAGAAGAAGACUGUAGCGUAUCAUGAGGCUGGUCAUGCCGUAGCAGGCUGGUUCUUAGAACAUGCUGACCCUCUGCUUAAGGUUUCGAUCAUCCCACGAGGAAAAGGUCUUGGCUAUGCCCAGUACUUGCCAAAGGAACACUUUCUAUUCACCCAAGAGCAAAUGCUACACAGGAUGUGCAUGACACUAGGUGGACGUGCCUCCGAGGAAAUCUUUUUCAACAAGAUCACAACAGGUGCCCAGGACGAUCUCAAGAAAGUCACACAGAUGGCAUAUGCUCAGGUUGUUCAGUUUGGCAUGAGUGACAAGGUUGGCAACGUCUCCUUCGACAUACCCCAACAGGGCGAGAUGGUUUUAGAGAAACCCUACAGCGAACAGACUGCUCAGAUGAUAGAUGAAGAAGUCAGGACCAUCAUCAAGGUUGCUUAUGAUUCAACCUUGGAUCUCCUGAAGAAGAACAGAGAGAAUGUAGAGAUGGUUGCAUUGAGGCUACUAGAUCGCGAAGUCCUCAACAAGGAUGACAUGGUGGAACUCUUGGGCAAGCGGCCUUUUGCAGAAAGGACAACGUAUGAAGAGUUCGUAGAGGGAACAGGCAGUUUUGAAGAGGACACCAGCCUUCCCAAAGGGCUCGAGGGUUGGAAUGAGGAGAGUGAGAAGAAAAAGGGACUCAAGGACGAUAAGAACUUGGAUGUGAAUGCAUAGUAUAUUCUGAAAGGCAGUGGCCAUCUUCUUGGUCACCAAAGACAAUAAGUACAUUUGAGACGGAGUGAGAUGAGAAGUUUUAUUGGGAAGAGCUGAAGCAUGAAGCGGAAUUGGGCAUCAGAUGGAGCUCUCGUACUUGGACCUGCAGACCUAGUUACCACCCAUUAGUGGAUUUCAUGAUCCAGAAGUUGAUCAGGGGAGCAUUUUAUCAACAUUUUUGUCUUUCCAAGUUGUCGGAUCUGACAAUUUUUCCUUGAAUUUGAUUGGCUGAGAAGCACUGUUUCUGUGGUAAUUAUCAGAUAAAAACAGGACUUGUCAGCUAAAAGAUCUUACAAUUCCUUUUAUGAAACGUUCCCAAGGUUGGCAAAGUAUCAGUGAUGGGAUCAUCAGAUUAUUGGUCCAAUAUCUUCAGAAUUUUCAAGAGACAUUUCUUGAUUUCUAGAAAAUAGAUGUGAUACUUAUUAUUUCCUUCCAUCAGGAAGUGUUUUAUGGACUGAAGUUCAAUAGUCCAAGCUUUUACGUCUGUCCAGUAGAGCAAUGAAAUAAUGGAACUUGUUUGAAAACACAAAACCACACAUCUGGCAAUGUUUAAGAAAUCCAUAAGAUUAAAAACAAACAGAUAUUGAUCUCAAAUUGUGUGGUCAAAAUAUAAGAAUUGAGAUCAAUCUCAAUUAAGUUUGAUUUGAAUCUAUUGUAACUCUUUGUAAGACAGGGCCCUGGGUUCCUGACACAGAAAUGUUUGCAAUGAAUCGCAAUAUGGCAAUGGGUAAGCCAGUGGCCCACCUUGCAAAGGAAAAUGAUGGAUACAAAUAAAUCUCAUUCUGACAUUGAUCUCAAAUUGUAUCCUUCCGAGAUCAGAAUUGAGAUCAUUAUCAAUUUGGGUUUGAUGAAUCAGUCGCAGUUCUCUGUAAAGAGAGGCCCAGAUCAUAUUUGUAGGUGCAGCUAAUACCCAUUAUUAACCAGUCCUAAUCAUCAGUCUUAAAUCUUCAGUUGAUCACUUAUCUUUGUGAUACAGCUCACUGGAGUCCCAUUCAAUCUGAAUAGCAUACUUAGUUUCAGAAAAUUAAAGACUCAUCUUUAAGAGCAUUUUCCCUCUGGUUAGAACAUCCUGCAGUAGGUCACCUAGUAUCUGAUUUUGUCAUAACAGGGCAUGUUUCUUUAGGUUAUCCACAUGGAAUAACGUGUACGCUCUUAUAUCAUUCAUCACUAUUUCAAUAACUUAUUUUAUUUGUGAAGAAAUGUUGCAUUUCUCAAUGGCAUUUUUGAUAGUUGCAUAUUUAGAACAGUCUACGAUGAAUAUGUGACAGAAGAAAUUACACAAUAAUAUGUGCUGUUUCUAUCAAUUUGACAAAAUUGUCAUUUUUGUGUCUUCUCUUGAUUAACUGUUAAGCAGGAGUAAAAUUGAACAAUGGCCAUGGCAUUUUGAUGCCCCUCUCAUUGGCUGAGUACAUUUGUGUGGCCUUUUAAAAUGUUAACCUAUGACUUGCUCUUAUAUGGAAAUGUGCCCUGUAGAAAAUUGGUCGUGCCCUAAAAAUAUGACAAAAUUUUGGCCUGUGUAAACAACAUUCCCCACGUAGCACCACUAUACGAUUUGUGUACAGUGGGGUGCCAUUUGUCAGCCCCUCCUUCUUAAAGGUCAAGUCCACCCCAACAAAAUGUUGAUUUGAAUAAAUAGAGAAAAAUCAAACUAGCAUAUCGCUGAAAAUUUCAUCAAAAUCGGAUGUAAAAUAAGAAAGUUAUGACAAUUUAAAGUUUCGCUUAUUUUUCGCAAAACAAUGAUAUGCUCAACUUGGUGACUCAGUCGAUGAUGUCCAUCACUCACUAUUUCUUUUGUUUUUUAUUGUUUAAAUUAUGCAAUAUUUCAUUUUUUAUAGAUCUGACAAUAAGGACCAACUUGACUGAACCAUAUAGUAUUAAACAAUGCCAAUUCUACAUGUUCAGGGAGGAAUUAAUCGUUGUAUCACUUGACAAUGAGGAGAAAAUUAGAAUAUUUCAUAUUUCAUAUAAUAAAAUACAAAAGAAAUAGUGAGUGGAUGACGUCAUAGUCUCCUCAUUUGCAUAACAGCCAGGAUGUGCAUAUAACUGUUUUGUAAAAUUAAGCGAAACUUCAAAAUGUCAUAACUUUCUUAUUUUACAUCCGAUUUUGAUGAAAUUUUCAGUGUUACGCUUGUUGGAUUUUUCUCUUUUUAUUCAAAUCAACUUUUUGUUGGGGUGGACUUGUCCUUUAAGCGUUCAACAUUUACUGGCAUAAACUUUGAUAUAGCAUAUUUUUUUAGAUGCACCUUCAAGCAAAGUUUUACUAAAAUUGAUUGUAGUAAUCAGAUAGACAACAGAAAAAUAUUUCAUGACAAAUGAAAUUCAUAAGUGGGUGUUGUGGAGGAAUUUCAUUUCUCUUCAAAUUUCACUAUUUAUUUUUCAAUUUCAAAGAGCUGAAGGUAAAAAAAAAGCUUACCCAUAAAUCAGAGUUGAUUUGACCAACAGACAUGGAUAUUCUGAAUGAGACAAUUGUAAUUAUGUAUUGAAAGUAUUAUUGAGAGAUUGAUAAUAAAGAGAUGAAAUGUCUAUGUUUAA